GGCGAGAGAGAGAGAGAGAGAGAGAAAGAAAGAGAGAGGGAUAGAGAGGACGCACACCCACAUCAACCAGAUAUCGCCAUUAUUCACCGUAAAGAUAAUCGGUAGAGAGAGAGAGUUUAUGUUUUGAUCGUUUCAGUGUUCUUGUUCUUGUUCAUCUACUUUAAACCUUUGUAUUCCUUUCUCUCACUAAUUGAGCUUUCAAUCCACUUUUGAGGCUUAUCCCAGGAAACCCCACCAAUAUAAAUUAAAAAGAAAUACACUUUUUCCCUCUGGUCAUCUUCCACUUCAUUCAGAGUUCGUCAACUUCUGAGUUUAAAAAGAAGAGGAAAGAUCAAGAUCAAGAUCAAGAUUAGGGUUCAUUGGCAUAUGAACAAAUGGCGUUAGACACAGUAAUUUACCCACAAGAUCAAUUUGGUGUUUGGGGCUACGAUUAUUUAAUACAAGAAGAAAAAAGUUUAUGUGGGUUUCUGGAAAGUAACAACCUUUUUCCAAAUCAUGAACAAGCAGCCAGUGUCCAUGCAAAUAAUUGGGAUUACUGUUCAUCUUCUUCGGUGAUGCAGAAUCACAACAGUUGUUAUGAUAUGAAGGAUCACUGGGGCACUAUUUCUUCUCCGGAUGAUUGCACCGGUGGUGGCAGUGGCGGUGGUGGUGGAGGUGACCAGAUGAUUUCAAGUGAACUAGAGUCGCCCCACUGCAACAUGAUGAUGGAAUCACAUGUAGGUGCAGCCCUGACCACCAAUACGGUGGCCUCUGCCGGGAGGAGAAAGCGCAGGCGCACCAAGAGUGGCAAGAACAAAGAAGAACUGGAGAAUCAAAGGAUGACUCAUAUCACGGUGGAGCGCAACCGCAGGAAACAGAUGAAUGAGUAUCUCGCUGUUAUCCGAUCAUUGAUGCCACCUUCAUAUGUUCAAAGGGGUGAUCAAGCAUCAAUAAUUGGAGGAGCCAUAAAUUUUGUGAAGGAGCUAGAGCAACAACUACAAACCCUAGAGGUACAAAAGAGAGCCAUGCAUCAGCAGCCAAACAGCGUCAAUGGCUACUCUCCUCCGCCAUUGCCAUUUGGUGAAUUCUUCACAUUUCCACAAUACUCUAUGAAAUCGGCUAACGAAGUUAGUGGCAAUGGAGGUGGUUCUGUCGCGGUGGCCGACAACCGGCCACUGGCUAUGGCAGAGAUCGAAGUAACAAUGGUGGAGAGCCAUGCAAACCUCAAAAUACUGUCAAAGAAACGAUAUCGACAGCUCUUGAAAAUUGUAGCUGGUCUACAGUGUUUGUGGCUCACUAUUCUCCACCUCAAUGUUACCACCGUUGAUCAAAUGGUACUCUACAGUCUCAGUGUGAAGCUUGAGGAUGGAUGCCAGCUGAGUACAGUCGAUGAGAUUGCUGAUGCAGUUAAUUGCUUGUUGGGAAGAAUUGAAGAAGAAGCUCUUUAACGUACCUAACCCAAUUAUAACCCUAUUGUUUUUAUAAUAAUCAAGGGUUCCCAAUCAUAAUCUCUACCUCUCUCUCUCUCUCUCUCUGUCUUAUUCUCGAGGUUAUAUUAGUAAUCAUGUUUCCUUUAUUUUAGUUAAGCAGAGAGAGUUGGUGUUCAUUGAAAUCUGUACACUCUUUCAAUUAAUUAAAAUUAAUGCAAUAAUUCUCAAG